AUGCAACAACAACACAAAACUAGCAGUCCCGAUCGAUGCAGCCGCUGCCUCACACCUCAAGUUACAGUAAGAGCUGCACGGAGGAGGGUCGCCGCGGAUGACCACGUGGGUGGUCGUGCGGACGCAGGACUGGAUGCCAGAGACGAGUGGCUGUGGCAGGCUGCCAGCAACAUCUCGCCGACUGAAGUGAACGAAAGCAGUACGGAACAAGCGAAACUGUUCUACUAUUACCGCGAAGCACAGAAAGAAACGUAUCGAGUGGAGUGGGCUCGAACCAGGAAUGAGUGUUUGUGCGGAUCGAGCCCGAACUGCUAUCCUCGCUCGGCUGACUCAUUGCAAUGCGGAGAAUGCUUUUCAUGCGCUUCGAUAGAGCUGGCAUAUCGUGAAAGGAACGCUGAGAUGGUCUUCGCUAUGAGCUCUAACCACAUUGCCAUGAGCAAAGUUCUCGUUCUCAUCGCUUCCAUCCACAAAAUCUAUCCGUCUACGAAAAUUCUGCUUUACGACAAUCUUGAUGAGAAAGAUAGUUUACUUCAUAAACAACUCGUCAGCGUGAGGAACUUACAAGUGUUACCGGCCAAAAUUGCAGACAAGUAUCUGGGACCAGAUUCGCACACUUCUCAAAAGAAUGUCUUUUUUAUGCUGGAUGCACUGAGUCGCUACGAAUCAGUUUUGUGGUUUAAUGAUGAUUUGGAAAUUUUGUCCAAAAAUCUGGAUGAAGUUUUGAACAAGUCCACAUCAACCAUUACCACAAUUGGUCGGGAAUAUGCGGCUUGGGAGAAGAAAAAUGCAUUUGUGUCGUAUUUCCCGGGAAUAAGUGCUUCUACGAAAAACUACACCUUGCUUUUCUUGCGUGAUGGUGCGCAGUCAACACUUCAAUGGAUCGCUAAAUGCGCAGCAGAACCACAACAACGAUGCUGGGAUUGUCGAGAUCACGUUGGUGAUAUCAUCGAUUGCAUGCCAGGAUUACUUUCGCGACUUGCGCUCGACACACGUAUCGAACACAAAGCGAUGCCGGUCGAAUCUGUCCAACAUCAACGGUGGGAACCGCCUGGAUGCGAUACACGUUGUAUAGUGUACACAUUGAUCUCGAUCAUAUUCUUUAUAUUUAUCGCAGUUGCUGUAGCUUUACUACUGUUUAGUAGGGCUACAAAUAAGUCCAAAUAG